AUGACUGUCAAAUUUUCUCCAGAUACUGACAUCCCCAGCCAGAAGGGCAAAGUCAUCCUCAUCACUGGAGGAAACUCGGGCCUUGGUCUUGAGACCGCUCGGGUGCUUUUGAAGCAUGAACCUUCGAGGAUCUUCCUCGCUUGUCGCAGCAAAGAAAAGUUCGAGCAAGCCGUUAAUGAGCUUAAACAAAGCGGCUCCAACACCGAAGCGGUAUCUUUUCUUGCUCUUGAUCUCGCUUCCCUAUCGAGCAUCAAAUCUGCCGCCGCAGAGUUCCAAGCAUCUUCCUCUCGACUCGAUAUCCUCAUAAACAAUGCCGGCAUCAUGAUGACGCCAGAGGGUCUCACCAAGGAAGGCUACGAGAUCCAGUUCGGCACGAACCACAUGGGACAUGCCUUCUUCACCCAUCUCCUCCUCCCUACUCUCGAAGAGACGGCCAAGACCAAUCCUGAUGUGAGAAUCGUAUUCGUUUCGUCAGCGGCGGAGACUAUGGCUUCAAAGAACCCUUAUCAGUCGGAUCAGCUCAAGACCACGAUGCCUAGCAUCUCUACGAUAACGCGCUAUGGGAUAUCGAAACUCGCAAACGUCCACUACGCCGCAGCCCUUGACGAGCGAUAUCCCAAGAUCAAGGUCAUCAGCAUCCAUCCAGGAGUCGUACACACGAAUCUUACGGGCCCUGUUAGGGAGAACAGUCUUAUCAUGGGAACACUCACCCGGGUUAUUAAUAGCUUCAUUGCUGUUGAUGCUUCGAAGGGUGCGCUGAAUCAGCUGUGGGCAGCGACUGACCCCAAGGCUGAGAGUGGUGUUUUCUAUCACCCUGUUGGUGUGAAGGGCAAAGGAAGCAAACUCAGUCAGGAUAAGGAGGCGCGUGAAAAGCUUUGGGAGUGGACGCAGCAAGAGAUCAAGCAGCACCUCGGUUGA